AUGUCUGCCUUGCCCGGAAGAGAUAUUUUGUCGUUCCUACCUAUCACAUCAUUCUCUUACAAUCGGUUAACUGACAGUCUUCUUUUAUGCACAGCAUAUGUUCGGUCUCAAGUCCUGCUUCUUCGUUGUCAUGGGCGGCUUCCAAGUCUCGAUCGAACAUCCGGAGCAACUCGAGCUCUACCAAAGCAUCUCGCCUUGUCACCGGGCGGCAUCUGCUUGCUAGCCGAGCUGGGCUACAUGGAUAUGCUCGUGGUUUCCGACACUGAGCUGGACGACAAGAGUAAAGCGAGUCCGUUCCAGAAGUACCCAGCCCUCCUCCAACUGCUUUGGAUGAUAAUCCAAUGCGUUGUCCGAAAGGCGCAGGGGUUGCCUAUCUCGCUUCUAGAGAACCAUGUUCUUGUGAACGUGGCUUGCUCUAUUGUUGUGUACGCGGUGUGGUUCAAGAAGCCUAUGGAUAUCCAGGAGCCAAUCUGCCUUUCAACCGAAAGCUUUCAAGACGCCCUUGCCUUGAUGGUCCAGGAACAGUUCUGCGGACAACAAAACAUCAGGACAUGCCUGUAUCCGAAGCAGACACUCGACAACGAGACGCCCAUCUUGGCAGUGUCAGCAUAUUUAAGCACUAUGCCUCCCAUAGACAAGCCCGUGACUCCGACGCUCAGACCUAUCACGGAGGUCAGCAGAGACUUGAUUCAACUUACACGCAUCGAAUCUUGCUCCCCUCCUCCACACACAGCCUGUGCUUGUUCUGCAAGACGGGAUGGUACUUCCGUGUGGAUUUGGUACCGUCACAGUGUUUGCGACCCCAGUUCUGUUCACUGGAAAGUCCUCUGUUCGCAGGGCUGCCCGGGCCCAAAGUCUGGUGGCCACAAAGCCUCCUCUUCCUUUCUCCAGCACGAAUAG